GAAUAUCAAGUCCGCGAGCGCAACAUUUCUUGCUGCAUCAUCACAGCUCGCAGCUCUAUUUUUUCUUGUUUGCUUUAAUUCCGUUCUCUUUUCAGUCUGUCAGAGCUGCUUAUACCCGUUGUUUUGUCGAUAGCGCGAUAUUGCCCGGCUUGGAUCCCCAGACUCUCAUACAUCUGCCCAUUCAGCCUUAUCAGCAUUGCAUGCACCAAAGCGAUCAAAUCGCAGAUCGCGCCCAAAGAAGCUCCUGCCAGAGCUCAACCGCGGCCAUGCCGGAAGGCGAAGCCUCGCAAACUCAGAACCCAUCCCAGAAUGCUUCCAGAGGAGCUCCUCGAGCUCGUAGAGGCAGAGGUCGUGGCGGCAGAGGACGAGGAGGACAUCAUCAUGGCGAUCAGACUCAAGCAGCUCAAGGGCAGCCUGCCCCGCAACAGGCCAGCUCAGCGAACUCAUCUACUCCCAUGCCCCAACAAGAACCUGCGGCUUCUGGAAAUCCAUCAAGAUCGUCUCGCGGAGGAAGAGGCCGAAGAGGGCCGCGGCAGAGCGAACGAGGUGGCGCAAGACACAGUGCCCCUCGAGCUCCUCUGCCGGGCCCGUCACGGCGAUUUGGCGGCCAUCUCACAGUAGAAGUCGAUGAUGCAGACUCAGAAGCUCCCUCAUUAAGUGCAGAGGCUCCUGAGUUUGUCCCGGGCCAGCCGGUGUUGCCAAGGGCAAUGCCAAGAAAAUCUGAGGCAUCUAAGCAGACCGAGGUUAGGCUUCCAAAAUCUACGGCUGCAGACCUCGGAACCAGAAUCCACGAGGAUAUCAGCAACGGCAACUAUGAGUGCACCGUAUGCACAGAUGAGGUCCUUCGGAAAUCUCACGUGUGGUCCUGUAACGUGUGUUGGACAGUAGUCCAUCUCAAAUGUGCUAAAAAAUGGUAUCAAAAUCAAAUGAAGCAAGCUGCUGAGAGGCCACAAACAGAGCCUCAAACGGAGAAGUCGUGGAGGUGUCCCGGCUGCAAUUCCAAAUUAUCCGAUGAACCAGGCUCCUACCACUGCUGGUGUGGAAAGGACGUCAGCCCAAGGCCCUCUAGUACCUCGCUUCCUCCACACUCUUGCGGACAGACAUGCUCAAAACCCAGGGGAACAUGUCCUCAUCCUUGUGGUCUCCAAUGCCACGCUGGGCCUUGUCCGCCGUGUACCCUUGUGGGACCUACGCAGUCUUGCUUUUGUGGAAAGAAUACCUCCCAGAAAUUAUGCAGAGAGACCGAUUAUGAAAAUGGCUGGAGCUGCCAAGAGAUUUGCGGCGACCUUUUGCCCUGCGGAGAGCACUUUUGUCCGAACCCUUGUCACUCUGGACUCUGUGGAGAUUGUGACCUGAAGGUAGACGCAAAGUGCUACUGCGGGCGUGUUGAGAAGAAGGUACCUUGCUUCGAGAGGCAAGAAAUACAGUCAUCUUAUGAUGUUAAAGACGGUUCAUGGUUCGACGGCUCCUUCAGCUGCCAGACACCUUGCGACAGGAAGUUUGAUUGCGGCACUCACAGCUGCUCUGAAACUUGCCAUCCCCAAGAUGAACAACCGGCUCAUUGCCCAUAUUCCCCCGAUGUGGUUACCUGUUGUCCGUGUGGCAAAACACCACUCGAUGAACUCUUGCAGGAUCCGAGGCAAACGUGCGAGGACCCCGUACCUCAUUGCGAGAGAGUUUGCGACAAGCUUCUUCCUUGUGGUCAUACGUGCAAAGCAAAAUGCCAUACCGGCGAUUGUGGAUUCUGUAUGGAAGACAUUGAGAUUUCUUGUCGAUGUGGGAGAACCUCAUCUACAUCUGUUUGCCACCAGGGAAAUGUCCAACCACCAUGGUGCAUGAGAACAUGCCAAGCCACUCUGAGCUGUGGCCGCCACAAGUGUGGUGAGCGCUGCUGCCCAGGAGAGAAGAAGGCUGCAGAGAGGCAAGCGGCAUCCAAGAAGAAAAACCGACAGCCAGGUGAUUCUGUCGUUGAGGCCGAGCACAUCUGCAUCAGGACAUGCGGGCGACCGCUGAAAUGCGGUAGCCACGACUGCCAGCAGAUAUGCCACAGAGGGUCAUGCGCAAGCUGCCCUGAAGCCAUAUUCCAUGAAAUCAGCUGCAAUUGUGGCCGGACGGUGCUUCAGCCACCGCAGCCAUGCGGGACUCACGCCCCAGAAUGUCGGUUUAACUGCCCAAGACGGCCAGCUUGUGGGCACCCGCCUGUUGAACACAAUUGCCAUAUGGACGACAUAUCUUGCCCCAAGUGUCCGUUUUUGGUGGACAAGUGGUGUGCUUGCGGCAAAGAAAAACUGAAAAGCCAGCCUUGUCACCUCCAAGCGGCUCACUGUGGACGGCCUUGUGGAAAGACCCUUAAGUGCGGGCUACACAAGUGCCGGAAGCUAUGCCACAGACCAGGAGAGUGUGAAGACAGUGCAAGUUCCAGCCAGACUUGUAGCCAAGUGUGCGGCAAGACGAAGCUAUUCUGCGAUCAUGCUUGCCAGAACACUUGCCACGGCCAGACCUCUUGCAACGAAUCAUCUCCUUGUACGGCCAAGACCGUCAUCACUUGUCCCUGCGGUCACCGCCAACAGGAAGUGAAAUGUCUUACCAGCAGCUCUAAUCCUACUCCAUCUCGGCCUGACCUCAAGUGCGACGAUGAAUGUCUCCGCCUAGAGCGAAACAAGCGUCUUGCCGCGGCUCUCAACAUUGAUCCCACGUCUCAUACAAACGACCACGUUCCGUAUUCUGAUACUACUCUUCGGCUCUUCAAGGAGAACUUGGCCUGGGCAGAGACCCAGGAGCGCGAAUUUCGUGUAUUCUCCAAGAGCCCCAACGAGGCACGGCUGAGAUAUAAACCGAUGCCUAAUCACCAACGACAGUUUCUACAUGUAUUGGCGGAGGACUACGGCCUGGAGAGCAAAAGCGAAGACAUCGAGCCCUACCGUUACGUCGUCGUCUGGAAGGGCUCCAAGUUUGUCUCUGCACCAGCCAAGACUCUCGCGCAGUGUGUAAAAAUCCGAGAGACUCAAGCGGCAGAAGCUGCUGCCACAGCGGCGGCUAAUUCAAGAGCUCCUACUCCACCACCCGCCAUCAUCACCGAGCCGUUCAACGCUUUCCUUCUCACAUCUCCUCGAUUCGGACUCACCCUCGAGGACGUUGAAUCCGCUCUCAAAUCCGAUCUGGCAAGCCAAUCGUCAGCCUUCAAUUUCACCACAACCUUCCUGCCUUCAGACGAGAUCCUCAUCCGCGCCACGGCGCACUACUCCUCCUUCCUGACGCCCACCGCUGUCGAGCAGGCCCUUCAGACGCUGAAGCCCCGUCUAGACGGCACCAUCAAGCGCCUCGACGUUGCGGGCAACAUCUUGCUCUGCCAUGUCGACGCCAACGAGCAAAUCUCCCGCAGGGAAGAUAUCAGCAGGAGCGACGUCUCUGGGUGGAGCGCUGUCGCCGGUCGCGCUGCGGCCAAGAGGGACGACGCGAAGACGGAGACGCCUGCUGCUUCUGCGAGCGGCAGUUCUGGAAAACGACUGCUGCUCGGGCUGAAGAAGAAGAAGGUGGAGGUUAAGAGGGAGAAGUCUUGGACGGAGCAGCUCGGUGGGGAUGUGGAGUGUUGAAGCUGAUUUGCUUUGACUCUGCUUUUAUUUUUAUUGUUGUGUUCGAUUUGGAACAAGAUAUAUAUGUAUAUAUAUUAGAUGGGAUAAUGAAUCACCCAUCAUUAUGAAAAAGCUGAUGUAGUAUCAGUAUUGAUGGUUCAUCAGCUUAUUGCUACAACAAAUGGCAUGUAUCUUGCAUGGAAAUUAUUAUAGUAUAUAUAUAAAGGUACGAAAAUCACUAGAG